UACAGCACCGCGGUGGCCAUUACCAUUACUCAGGACUUCUGCUCGAGCUUUUGAGACACCGGCUCAGAAAGAAUCAAGGAUGGUCACGGAGACAGACGUCGAAAUGAAAACUGCUGAUAGUCCAGCUGAGUGCGAGGCCGUCAAAGGGGAUCCUGAUGCUCUUACGAUUGAAGACUUGAAAGAACAGGCUCGUCAUAUAGAGCGGGCGGUGAACAACAAGGAGCCUCGCUUCAUCCUGCGCAUCCUCCGAGCCCUGAUGCCCACACGCAAGCGGCUCAAUGCAAAAGUCAUGCACAAGAUGAUUACGGGAUUCUACACUCACUCCACCCAACAAAGGGAUGCCCUCAUCGCUUACCUCGACGAGCCGAUGGAGGCCAAGGAAGGCCGCAUCCGAAGUGCCAAGACUUCCCACCUUCCUCUACUUCCUGAACUGGAUGUCUACAUUCAUCUUCUGCUUCUCGUCUAUUUGGUGGACACGGAACAUUUUGAGCAGGCGGUAAAAUGCUCGGAUGAGCUAAUGCAGAAGAUCCAGUCACAGAACCGCAGGACGCUGGAUCUGUUGGCCGCAAAGUGUUACUUCUACCACAGCCGUUGCUACGAACUGACUGGACAGAUGAACAAGAUACGGAGUUACCUCCACGGACGUUUGCGGACGGCCACCCUGCGCAACGACUAUGAGGGCCAGGCUGUGCUUCUCAACUGCCUCUUGCGCAACUACCUGCAGUACAACCUAUUUGAUCAGGCAGCCAAGCUCAUCUCCAAGGCUCCCUUUCCCGAAAUGGCCUCCAACAACGAAUGGGCACGCUUCCUCUAUUACAUGGGACGCAUUCAUGCUAUUCAACUGGAUUAUUCGGAGGCUCACAAGAACCUUCUGCAGGCCAUACGCAAGGCACCGCAGCACACGGCUGUUGGGUUCAAGCAGACGGUGUACAAGCUAGCUAUCACGGUGGAGCUUCUCCUGGGAGACAUUCCAGACCGAUCCAUCUUCCGACAGCCACAGUUGCGUCGCACUCUGGCUCCCUAUUUUCAACUGACACAAGCUGUGCGUGCCGGCAAUCUGGGUCGCUUUGGAGAAGUGGUGGAAAACUUUGGUGCAAAGUUCCAGGCAGACCAUACGUACACUCUGAUCAUCCGUCUUCGUCACAACGUUAUCAAGACGGGAGUGCGCAUGAUCAACCUGUCGUAUCUGCGCAUCUCCCUCGUGGACGUUGCUCACAAACUGCAGUUGGACAGUCCGGAAGAUGCAGAGUUCAUUGUGGCUAAGGCCAUUCGGGAUGGUGUCAUUGAAGCCAGCAUCGACCACGAGAAGGGCUACAUGCAGUCCAAGGAGAACAUUGACAUCUACUGUACGCGGGAGCCCCAGGCGGCAUUCCAUCAACGCAUCAGCUUCUGCCUCAACAUACACAACCAGUCUGUCAAGGCCAUGAGGUUUCCACCCAAGUCUUACAACAAAGACUUGGAAUCAGCCGAGGAACGUCGUGAGCGAGAACAACAGGACUUGGAGUACGCCAAGGAAAUGGCCGACGAGGACGAUGAUGGCUUUCCCUAGAAGAACGUUUUCCUCGUCACGAGAAAUAUUAAAAGUGUUUGUUGGA